AUGGCUUCCCAGUUUCAUCAGCUUCGGAUCCUGGUGUGGAAAAAUUGGCUGGGUGUCAAAAGGCAGCCGCUUUGGACACUUGUCUUGAUCUUAUGGCCAGUCAUUAUCUUCAUAAUUUUGGCUAUUACCCGGACUAAAUUUCUUCCAUCACCAAAACCAACCUGUUACAUGGCACCUCGAAAUCUUCCUAGUGCCGGCUUCUUCCCGUUCCUACAAACCCUGCUCUGUGACACAGACUCAAAAUGUAAAAGCACACCCUAUGGGCCCCAAGAUCUGCUUCGCAGGAAAGGAAGCCUCGUGACACCACUGAAAGACAGGAACAAUGUGAUCGUGAAAAAUGAAACCAGGAUAUGGGCUAGAACUUGGAAGCUGUUAAAACAAAAUUCAACUUCAGAAGAAAUACGAAGAGAACUCUGUGAAAGUUAUCCGACAUACCAGGGUGAUUAUGCCUUCUCUUGGACCAUGCUAGGAAAGAAUAUUUUUAAUAAGUUUUGCGUUUCCAACAUGUCCCUUUUAGAGGCGUCUCUCCAAGAACUAAGAAACCAGAUCUCUCAGAUAUCAGGUGAUCCCAACAAUCAGAAAGUGAUGUUUCAAGAAAUGGUCAAAGCGCUGUCCUUCUUCUCAGAGCUGCAGAAGCAGACCGCCGUGUGGCAGGUCCUCUCUAGUUUUCCGAACGCAUUUCAGAAUACUGCAACCCUGAGAGAUGUAUUUGAUGUUCUCCAAAAAGCAAGCAGUGCUCUGCUGGCUGUGCAGAAGGGGUAUCCACGUGUCACCACUAACAAAGGCUUCACAACCCUUCAGACGUCAGUGCAACAUCUGCUGAAAACUCUAGACUCCAAUGCGGAAGGUGGCUCUCACAAUACAACCCAUCUGUGGAAUGAGGAUGAGAGACAGACGCUAUCCCCAACCAGCCUGGCUGCACAACUCCUCAUAUUGGAGAGCUUUGAAGAUGCUCUCUUAAAUGUCUCAGCAGAUAGUCCUUACAGUCCUUACCUGGCAUGUGUGAGGAAUAUCACUGACAAUUUGGCCUGGGGACCCCAAGAAAAUCUAAGGCUUCUGCAGUCCACAAUUCGACUUAAAGAAUCUUUUCUUCAGAAUGGCUCCUAUGAUGAUUAUCUCCCUUCAGUUCCUGAAGUCAUGAAAUCAAAACUGUCUCAACUCCGGAACUUGACUGAACUUCUUUGUGAGUCUGAAACGUUCCGUUCCAUAGAGACGACGUGCAGGCUGUCUAACCUGAGCUUUGGGAACUUGUGUGGAGAGAGUGCAUUUCACGUACAAUUCCUUGAAGCAGCAGAGCUCGGCACCAAAAUAGCAUCUGGCUUCCUGUUCCACGGAAAUAUCCUCUCUGAGAAACUGAAGGAUUUACUUGCAGGGGAUCCAAGCAAAAUUAAUUUAAAUAUGGAUCGGUUUCUAGAACAAGCGUUACAAAUGAAUUACUUGGAAAACAUCACACGGUUAAUGCCUACCAUAGAAGCCAUGCUGCAUGUCAAUCACAGCGCGGACACUUCUGAGCCACCAGGUCAGUUAAUUGAAAUGUUUAAAAAUGUAGAGGCACUCAAAGAAGAGCUGAGAACCACAACAGGAAUGUCCAACACAAGUGUCAACAAGUUGUUGGCCGUUCCUGUCCCUGAUAAUAGAGCCGAGAUUAUUUCGCGUGUGUUCUGGUUGCAUUCUUGUGAUGCGAAUAUCUCCAAUCCCAAAUUGGAAGAUGCGAUGAAGGAAUUCUGCAACCUGUCUCUUCCAGAGAGAUCCCGCCAGUCUUACCUCAUCGGGCUCACCCUUCUGCACUACCUAGAUAUUUACAACUUUACAUACAAGGUGUUUUUCCCGCGGCAGGACCAAAAGCCGGUAGAAAAGAUGCUAGCCCUCUUCCUCAGGCUGAAGGAGAUUCUAAAUCAGAUGAUGUCCAGCUCCAGUUUGCUGCUGAACAAAAUGGGCUCCCUGAAACAAAUGCACCUUCCCAGGAGUGCUCCCUAUGUUCAGGUAAUGGACCGGAGCAAGCGAAUGAGCACGCCCCAAGGGUCCUUUAGUACCAUCUCGCAAGCACUGUGCUCCGAAGGAAUUACCACGGAAUACUUAAUCGCCAUGCUGCCCUCUUCACAGAAGCCAAAAGGCAACCAUACGAAGGAUUUUUUGACUUAUAAAUUGACUAAAGAGCAAAUCGCUUCAAAAUACCGAAUUCCCUUAAACACCACCUCCUUUUGCUUCUCGCUUUACAAAGAUAUCAUUAACAUGCCUGCUGGACCUGUGAUAUGGGCUUUCUUGAAACCUAUGUUGUUGGGAAGGAUUCUGUAUGCACCGGACACCCCAGUCACAAAAGCAAUCAUGGAAAAGUCUAAUGUAACUCUGAGGCAGCUGGCGGAAUUAAGGGAGAAAUCUCAAGAGUGGAUGGAGAAGUCACCAUUUUUCAUGAAUUCUUUCCACCUGCUGAACCAGACGAUUCCGAUGCUCCAGAAUACUCUAAGGAAUCCCUUUGUGCAAGUUUUUAUAAAAUUCUCCGUGGGACUCGAUGCUGUUGAACUAUUAAAGCAAAUAGAUGACCUUGACAACCUGAGGCUGACCUUAGAGAACCACAUGGACAUCAUUGACCAUCUUAACACACUGUCUUCCCUGACAGUAAAUAUUUCCUCCUGUGUAUUGUAUGACCGCAUUCAGGCAGCAAGCACCGUGGAAGAAAUGGAGCGUGAAGCUGAAAGGCUCUACAAAAGCAAUGAACUCUUUGGAAGUGUUAUUUUUAACCUUCCUUCUGAAAGAAGACAGGAGAAAGGCUUUGCCUCUGAAAAGGGCCCUCUUCCUCCGGUUGUAAACUAUACUAUCCGCAUGAGUCUCAAGACGGCACAGACGACGAGAAGCAUAAGAACCAAGAUUUGGGCCCCAGGACCACACAAUUCGCCAUCCCACAACCAGAUCUAUGGCAGGGCCUUUAUUUACUUACAGGACAGUAUUGAACGAGCCAUUAUCGAAUUGCAGACUGGAAGGAACUCCCAGGACAUAGCAGUCCAGGUCCAAGCAAUUCCUUACCCCUGCUACCUGAAGGACAACUUCCUAACCAGUGUCUCCUAUUCUUUCCCCAUUGUGCUCAUGGUUGCCUGGGUGGUAUUUGUAGCUGCUUUUGUCAAAAAGCUUGUUUAUGAGAAAGACCUCCGGCUUCACGAGUACAUGAAAAUGAUGGGCGUGAACUCCUGCAGCCACUUUUUUGCCUGGGUUAUAGAGAGUGUUGGAUUCUUAUUGGUGACCAUCAUCAUUCUCAUCGUUAUACUCAAGUUUGGCAAUAUUCUUCCCAAAACAAAUGGAUUUAUUUUGUUCCUGUAUUUUUCGGACUACAGCUUUUCGGUCAUUGCCAUGAGCUAUCUGAUCAGUGUUUUCUUCAACAACACCAACAUUGCGGCUCUCAUUGGAAGCCUCAUCUACAUCAUUGCCUUUUUCCCAUUCAUUGUUCUGAUUACAGUGGAGAAUGAGUUGAGCUACAUAGUGAAAGUGUUCAUGAGCCUGCUUUCCCCAACAGCAUUCAGUUAUGCAAGCCAGUACAUCGCCCGGUACGAGGAACAGGGGGUCGGUCUCCAGUGGGAUAAUAUGUACAGUUCCCCAGUUCAGGACGACACCACCUCGUUUGGCUGGUUGUGCUGCCUCAUCCUCGCUGACUCUUUCAUGUAUUUCCUUAUUGCUUGGUACGUCAGGAAUGUGUUCCCAGGGACUUAUGGUAUGGCUGUUCCCUGGUAUUUUCCAAUCCUUCCUUCCUACUGGAAGGAGCGAUUUGGGUGUUCAGAGGUGAAGGACGAGAAAAGCAAUGGCCUUGUGUUUACUAAUAUCAUGAUGCAAAAUACCAACCCAUCUGCCAGUCCUGAAUACAUGUUUCCUUCCAAUAUUGAACCUGAACCAAAAGAUCUCACAGUUGGGGUUGCCCUGCACGGGGUGACAAAGAUCUAUGGCUCAAAAGUGGCCGUUGACAACCUUAAUCUGAACUUUUAUGAGGGGCAUAUUACCUCCUUGCUGGGGCCCAAUGGAGCUGGGAAAACAACCACCAUUUCCAUGUUGACUGGGCUGUUUGGCACCUCAGCAGGUACCAUCUUUGUGUAUGGAAAAGACAUUAAAACAGACCUCAACACUGUGCGAAAGAACAUGGGUGUCUGCAUGCAGCAUGACGUCUUGUUCAGCUACCUCACGACAAAGGAGCACCUGCUCCUCUACGGCUCCAUCAAAGUUCCCCAUUGGACUAACAAGCAGCUGCACGAAGAAGUGAAGAGGACUUUAAAGGAUACUGGCCUGUACAGCCACCGUCAUAAGAGAGUCGGGACGUUGUCGGGAGGAAUGAAGAGGAAGUUAUCCAUAUCCAUAGCUCUGAUUGGUGGAUCAAGGGUGGUUAUUUUGGAUGAGCCAUCGACUGGAGUUGAUCCAUGUUCUCGUCGAAGUAUAUGGGACGUUAUCUCUAAGAACAAAACUGCCAGAACCAUCAUUCUGUCCACACACCACUUGGAUGAGGCCGAAGUGCUGAGCGACCGCAUCGCCUUCCUAGAGCACGGCGGGCUCCGGUGCUGUGGGUCACCGUUCUACCUCAAGGAAGUCUUUGGGGAUGGAUACCACCUCAUCCUCACCAAGAAAAAGAGUCCAAAUCUAUGUUCGAGUGCAAUAUGUGAUACAGUGGCCGUGACAACGAUGAUCCGAUCACACCUCCCUGACGCCUAUCUCAAAGAAGAUGUCGGAGGAGAACUCGUCUAUGUGCUUCCUCCAUUUAACACCAAAGUCUCAGGAGCCUAUCUGUCACUGCUAAGAGCACUGGACAAUGGCAUGAGUGACCUCAACAUCGGCUGCUAUGGCAUUUCAGAUACCACCGUGGAAGAAGUCUUCCUGAACUUGACGAAAGAGUCCCAGAAGAAUAGUGAUAUGAGACUGGAGCACUUAACACAAAGUAAACUGGGCAGUUCCAGAGCCAACGGCAUCUCAACGCCCGAUGAUUUGUCAGUGAGCAGCAGUAAUUUCACCGACAGAGACGACAAAAUCCUGACCAGAGGAGAGCGACUGAGCGGGUUUGGAUUGUUACUGAAGAAGAUAAUGGCUAUCCUCAUCAAGCGGUUCCACCACACCCGCAGGAACUGGAAAGGCCUCAUUGCCCAGGUCGUCCUCCCCAUCGUCUUCGUAACCACGGCCAUGGGCCUGGGGACCCUGAGAGAUUCCAGCAACAGCUACCCCGAGAUCCAGCUCUCCCCAUCUCUGUACGGGACCGCUGACCAGACAUCCUUCUACGCUAAUUUUCACAAAUCGACAAAGCCGCUGGUCUCAGCUAUGUGGACCUACCCUGGCAUUGACAACCUAUGUCUGAACACUAGUGAUCCAAGAUGUUUAAAGAAAGACAGCCUUGGAAAAUGGGACAUCAGCAGAGAACCUAACAUCGAUUUUAGUGUCUGCACGUGCUCAGAAAAAAUUCAGAAAUGCCCUGACUAUAGCUAUAUCCCACCUCAUAGGAGAACUUAUUCUUCCCAAAUAAUUUAUGACCUCACUGGGCACCGCAUAGAAAAUUAUCUUAUAUCAACUGCCAAUGAGUUUACUCAAAAAAGAUAUGGAGGCUGGAGUUUUGGGCUGCCUUUGACUCAUGACCUUCAUUUUGAUAUAAAAGAAGUCCCUGUCAAUAGAACACUCACCAAGGUCUGGUACGAUCCUGAGGGCUAUCACUCCCUUCCAGCUUAUCUCAACAGCCUGAACAAUUUCCUCCUGCGAGUUAACAUGUCAAAACGCGACGCUGCCAGACAUGGCAUCAUCAUGUACAGUCAUCCCUAUCCAGGAGUGCAAGACCAAGAACAAGCCACGAUCAGCAGUUUAAUCGACAUUUUAGUGGCACUCUCCAUCCUGAUGGGCUACUCGGUCACCACCGCCAGUUUCGUCACCUACGUCGUGAGGGAACACCAGACCAAAUCCAAGCAGUUACAGCACAUUUCAGGCAUCGGUGUGACAUGCUACUGGGUCACCAACUUCAUCUACGACAUGGUCUUCUAUUUGGUGCCUGUAGCAUUUUCAAUUGGUGUCAUCGCAAUUUUCCAGUUACCUGCCUUCUACAGUGAAAAUAAUCUAGGCGCUGUCUCUCUUCUCCUUCUGCUGUUCGGGUAUGCAACAUUUUCCUGGAUGUACUUGCUGGCCGGGCUUUUCCAUGAAACUGGAAUUGCCUUUAUCACUUAUGUCUGUGUCAACUUGUUCUUUGGCAUCAAUACCAUUGUUUCCCUGUCGGUGUUAUACUUUCUUUCCAAGGAAAAACCUAAUGAUCCGACUUUAGAACUUAUCUCUGAAACCCUCAAGCGCAUUUUCCUGAUUUUCCCGCAGUUCUGCUUUGGCUAUGGGUUGAUUGAACUGUCUCAGCAGCAGUCGGUCCUCGACUUCCUAAAAGCCUAUGGUGUGGAGUACCCAAAUGAAACCUUUGAGAUGAACAAACUCGGUGCAAUGUUUGUGGCUUUGGUGGCUCAAGGCACCAUGUUCUUUUGCUUGAGACUCUUAAUUAAUGAAUGGCUAAUCAAGAAGUUCAGACUCUUCUUCAGAAAAUUCAUGUCUUCACCUGGAACGGAGACAAUCGAUGAAGACGAAGAUGUCCGGGCUGAGAGAUUCAGAGUUGAGAAUGGUGCUGCUGAGUUUGACUUGGUCCAACUCCAUCGUCUGACAAAGACCUACCAACUCAUCCACAAGAAGAUUAUAGCUGUAAACAACAUCAGCCUUGGAAUACCGGCGGGAGAGUGUUUUGGCCUUCUUGGGGUGAAUGGAGCAGGAAAGACCACUAUCUUCAAGAUGCUGACUGGAGAUGUCAUUCCUUCAAGCGGAAACAUUCUGAUCAGAAAUAAGACUGGAUCUUUGGGUCAUGUUGACUCUCACAGCUCGUUAGUUGGCUACUGCCCUCAGGAAGAUGCUUUAGAUGAUCUGGUGUCUGUGGAAGAACAUUUGUAUUUCUAUGCCAGGAUACAUGGAAUUCCAGAAAAAGACAUAAAAGAGACUGUUCAUAAACUUCUAAGGAGACUUCACCUAAUGCCCUACAAAGACAGACCUACCUCUUUGUGCAGUUAUGGCACCAAAAGAAAAGUAUCCACUGCACUGGCCUUGAUCGGAAGACCAUCCAUCCUUCUGCUGGAUGAGCCAAGUUCUGGAAUGGAUCCUAAGUCGAAGCGGCAUCUAUGGCGGAUCAUUUCAGAAGAAGUGCAGAGCAAAUGCUCCGUCAUCCUCACCUCGCACAGCAUGGAAGAGUGUGAAGCUCUCUGUACCAGGCUGGCCAUUAUGGUGAAUGGAAGUUUCCAGUGCAUUGGUUCCUUGCAGCACAUAAAGAGCAGGUUUGGACGAGGAUUUACUGUGAAGGUGCACUUGAAAAAUACCGAAGUGAGCACGGAGGCCCUGACAAGGUUCAUGCAGCUGCACUUUCCAAAAACAUACUUGAAAGAUCAGCAUCUCAGCAUGCUGGAGUAUCAUGUACCCGUCACAGCAGGAGGCGUAGCAAACAUUUUUGAUCUUCUAGAAACCCACAAGGCUUCCUUAAAUAUAACCAAUUUCCUAGUGAGCCAGACCACUCUGGAAGAGGUUUUCAUCAACUUUGCCAAAGAUCAAAAGUCCUAUGAAGCUGCUGAUACCAGUUGCCAAGUUUCCACCCUAAGUGUUGCCUCACAGGAUGAUCGGACACACUCUUAG